AUGAGUACUCUGCAAACUCAUCGCUCUUCCCAACUUCCCCAUAAUCACACACGCCAUUCCUCACCCAAUUAUUAUGGCAAUCACCAACAACAAAGAGGCUAUCGGCGUAAUGUUCAAAGGCGCCCUUAUUACCAGUCUUCUAGACAACAUCAGAGAGUUCACAAUCCAAGCACGAAUUAUCCUUCUUUCGGAGUUGGUUCUUACCCAACAGUAAUUGAUGAAGUUUUUGCUCAACAAUAUUGGAAUCAUACCUCUGCUUUUCAACCUUCUCCGCCAUAUUAUUCAGUUGAUAUGGUCUUAUUACCGACAGUUGUAGUAGACAACCAUGGCCAAUAUGGGCUAAUUUGGAGGUAUUGUCGUGUGCCUAAUUAUGAAUUAAUUGAUGAUAGCUAUGUCACUAAUGAUCCACGUGAGUUGAUAGAUAUUAGUACUGGAAUGCUUGAUCAUCUGAUCGGUCAGCAGGCAAAUUCAGCCUUUGAUUUUGGCUUUCUGUAUGAUCAUCUAUUUGAUCGUGAGGAUGACGUGGAUGGUCAUGAUGAGGAGAAAGAGAACGAUGAUGCUGUAUUGAAGCAUUUGAAAAUAAGAACACAUCAUUCUCUUGCUAAGGAUGGAGUUGUUUCUGAUGUAGAACCCGAAACCUGUGCUAUAUGUCAAUCUGAAUAUGAAGAUGAGGAGAGUAUAGGGAAACUGCAGUGUGGGCACGAGUAUCAUACGGACUGCAUUAAACAAUGGUUGUGGAGGAAGAAAGAUUGUCCAAUGUGUCGUGCUUCGGUUUUGCCUUCACAAGAACAGAGAUUAUAG